AGCGGCACUUAAAUCCCCCCUCCCUACCCCUAAAGUUUCUGCAGCGGAAGCACAGACCACUGGGAAAAAUACGACUCAAGGAAGAUGGCCGUGAAAGUGGGACUUUGGGGAAGAUCUAUGCCGUGUGUCUAGAUAGAACUUGAAAGCCUCAACCAUCAACCAUGGCCAAGUUUGAGGAUUUUUUCUGGGAACAAAAAGGCUAUGAAGACUUGCGGAAAUUGUGUCGACAAGGAAAUGAAUUUUGCCGUGAAGCCUCUUCUAUUUUCAAUGAAAGGGUCAAAGCCUUUGUGGAAACACAGUCAAAAGCAAGGAAAGCGGUGGAGGCUCUGGUAGACAAAUCAUACAAGAAUUUUGUUGAUAAACUAAAUGAUGCUCUUAAGGCAAAACGUAGUGCUUACACUAAGACAAGAGAAGCUGAAGUUAUGUUUGAACAAGUUGAAGAAGUGAGGGCUGGUAGAGGUGGUAAAGUACUCUCGGAAAAAGAAAUUUCCAAGAUGGAUGUCAAGUGCAAGAAAAUGACAGAUGGUUCUUUAAAAGCAGAUAAGGAAUAUCGUGAACUGUAUGAAAAGACUGAGAAGGCAAGACUUGAGUGGGACGCUGCUAUGUUAAGGUUUUGUCAGACUUGUGAAAAGUUAGAAGAAGAAAGAAUAACACAUUUGCGUGAGAUGUGCUCAUUAUAUAGUAACAUGCUAGCUGCUGUGAUUCCUCAGCUUCAACAAAAUUAUGAGAAUGUUAGUUCAGAAGUAUGGAAGAUUAAUCCCUCAGAAGAUGUUGUUACAGCAGCUAAAACAAGAGGUGAACCACGAGGGCCUUCACAACAGAUCUUGUAUGAUUGCUAUGAGGAGGAUUUAGAGACUCCCAUGAACUUUGACAGAAGAAGAACUGGGCUUCAAACAAAGAUCCAACUACUCUCGGAAUCACUAGAGAAACAAAAGAAAACAAAAGAUGGUAUCACUUCACUCUAUGAAGCUUACUCCUCAACUCCUGAUUACUGCAGUGAAGAAGGUCAACAAGAUGUCGCUACUCAACUUGCACAUGCAAAUGCAAUAAUCAAUAGUUUGACAGCAAGUGUCAGUAAAGUCCAAGCUGCUUUGGCAGACCUGAAUGGCCAUCACAAACCAGAUGUUUGGCUAACGCCUUACAUAACAACCACCAAGGACAAACAGGGCCUGUUACAGAGUUAUCUUAAAAUUCCACUUGAUCAAGUAACUACAGUUGAGUCUCCUGGUGUACAAGACGAGAGAGACAACAAAAGUGAUGAUGAAUUUGAUGAUUUUCCAGAACCACCUGGGAUCUGUCAAUGUCGUGCUCUGUAUGAAUACAAGGCAGCACAAAGUGAUGAACUUGAUAUUUUACCAGGAGACAUUAUCAUAUUAACAGCUAAAUUGGACGGUGGCUGGUGGCAAGGAGAGCUUCAUAACAGAACAGGAAUAUUUCCAGCUAGCUAUGUUGAAGAAAUUGGAUGACUGUAAAGAAUGUGUUCAAGAUCAUAUCAAUGCCAAAGAUAGCGGGGGGAAAAUGCUUUUGUAUGUCCCUGUUUUCAGAACAUGGAAUUCCAGCAAAAAUGAAACAAAUGUUUUCAUUUUGCAAUGCCUUUGAUAUAAGGGUUUUGUAAAUAAUUGCAGGAUUAAAAACUUAUGAAAGUUACCGUUACUGCACAGUUCAAGAUAACUAUGUAGGCACAAUAUUCCACAACAUCGUUUCCUCCAUAAACACAAGCCAUUGUACCAAAAGCAUGAUCAACAGUGUACACUUCUACUGGUGAAUAUUGUUGGUAAAAUGUGAUUUUUGGUAAAAAAAAAUAAUAAUACAUACAUGUAUGCUUUUAUUACAAUCAGUUUGGAGAAAAAUGUUACUGUAAAAGACUACUGAAAUAUAAAGUUCAGAUGUGAUUAUACUCCACCAAUAUAUACAAACAUCAGCCAAAUGCAAUAAACUGCAGAUGUAAAAAUUGGACAGCAAUUUUGCAAAGGGACAAAUUUUAUCAUCAUAUCAUGAAAAACAUACUUUUCUUAAAAACAUUUAAGGAAUUUUUAAACAGUUAAAAAAUACACGUUUCAAUGUUCUCAGACAUCAUUAUCAGAGUCACUCAGUGACUCCAUCAGUGCUUAACUCUUUGUCCAGCUUGUAGCAUAUUUUUGUUACCCUUUUUUAAUGAACUAUUGUUUUUCUUGUAUUUAUAAAAUAUAGUUUCUUUUAACUUGAUAAUGAUGUCCAAGAACAUUGAAACGUCGUGUAUAUUUUAACCAUUUAAAAAUUUCUUAAAUGUUUGUGAGAAAAAAAAUUUUGCAAUUUUUUUUAUAGCUAAGUUUUAAAAAGUCGCUUCUUUUUAAUAUACUUGAGCCACAAAGAUCUUACAGUGUAAAAUGGUAGACUAAGAAGAACAUAAAAAAAGAAUUAUCUACCAUCAAUUAAAUUUUUUAAACUUUCAAUUUGAAACAAACCAGUGAAUGGAUGGAGCAAAACAUGUAAUAUUUAUUGCCAGUAUGGUGUGAUUUACACACAAGUGGAUUAUGGAAGGUACAGUGUAUCCUGAGUUAAGAUAGCCAGUCAGAGCAAAAUUAAACACUGUUCAGUGGUCUCCAUUUGUAUUAGUCUGUAUACAGAUUUAUUUCACAGCUAACAUGGCUGACAAGACCAAUACUGAUUAAAUAAGCCAGUCAGAGUGUUUUAAUUAUUUUGUCUAAUAUAAUUUUUGCUAGUAAUGGACUGCAUAAAGUUUCUACAGCUCCAGUUACAAAAGAAAGUAUGCAAUAAAUCUUGUAUAUACUGAGCUUAUGGUCUGAAUAGUCUGAAUUUCGGCCAUCUCCCCAAGUUGCACUCUCUGCAGUGUGUGACUCAGGGAGACUACUGAAAUCCAGGGUGUACUUUCAAGACAGUGGGGCUGAUUUCCCUCACAGAACUUUUGAAAGGCCUAAUUUCAAUGGAUAUCUGCUUGUAAGCUAGAUGACUGCAACAAAAAUCCAACCUGCUCUAAUAUUGGUUAAAACAAAACUUUGCAAAGUUAAUUUUGUACUUUUGUGAGGUUCUAUUUAUAGUAUUUCAGCAAUUUAUUAUGAGUGAUGUUAGGGCACCCCCAAAAAAUCAAGUUAUUAAUGAGAAACUUAUUGUUUGGUAAUCUAAUUUUGAAGAAAACUGGAGAAAUAAAUUUUAAACCUUG